GGCCCCCAGGGGCCGCACCUCGUGGCCCCAGACACACACCCCGCAUCUGAUGUCAUACUCGGGGGGCGUGAUUUUGCUCCCAAAUGGGGCUGGGCCCCAUUUGGGAGGGAGACCACGCCCCUGUGCCUAACAUCAGAUGUGGGGGUGUGGCUAGCCAGCCUGCUGCAUCUGAUGUCAGACACAUGAGGCGUUGCCAGGGGGCUGCGGCAGUGGCCGAACACGAACCACCGCCAGCCUCCCUCCACUCCUGCCUGGGGCUCAUGUGAUCUUUCUGAACUCUCUCUCUCUCUCUCCUUUGUGUCUGUCCUUCCUGUUCAUAAUUACUCUCUUAGCAGUUGGUAUAGAAUGUGGCAGCCAGGUUGUCUCUGGACGGUUCAUCUCAGAGAGACUAUGUUACUCCCAAUAUUAAAAGAACUACCAAUAAGUUUCCAGACAAAAUGAAAGGUGCUGGUUAUAAAGCCCUAAACAACUUUAGGCCCAAGGUAUUUAAGAGAACGUCUUCUUCACUAUGAGCCCCAUUGCCCUUUGAGAUCAUCCAGAGAGGUUUGUCUGCAGUUGCCACCAGGUUGUCUAGUGACAACACAGGAAUGGCUCUUCUCUGUUGCCGCCCUCAGACUCUGGAAUGCGCUCCCUGCUGAAAUAAGAGCCUCCCCAUCUCUGACAACUUUUAGAAAGUCUCUAAAGACACAUUUAUUCGCCCAAACUUUUUAACGAGACUUGUGGUUUUAAAUUGUGUUACAGUUUUAAUUUCUUUUAAAAUUUGUUUUAUGUUGCUGUAAACCACCCAGACACAAAGGUUUGGGGCAGUGUACAAAUAUAAUUAAUUUAUUUAUUUAUUCAUUCAUUCAUUAAUAAGCAAGCAAGCAAGCAAGCAAGCAAGCAGGAAUUGCCUUGAAACCAAGACCCAUGUAUGUUAGCAUUCUUCCAAAAGCAGUCAGCCAAAUGCCUUUGGAAGCAUAUAAGCAAUGCAUGAAGGUAAUGGCACACUCUGCUGUUUAACCUCAACACCUGACAUUCCAGUCGUCCAUGAAUUUGGAUCAUCUUUCGAUUAAAAAACAAACCAACCUGCCAGAUCUGAAACUCCAGUCGUGAAACAGCUAAGAAGGGUCAGCUGGGGACUGCAAGCAAACAGCUUAGGGAAGGAGCUCCAGCUUAGUGGCUGCAAUGUCUAAACCUGUCCAAGAGACUGUGCCAGUCUAAUUCCCUUCUAACAGCCCCUCCCAAAAGGAACAACCUGCAAACAGAGGCACCAAGCUCUGCUGGCAGAAAGAAGCGUUGUUUGAGACCGGGGCCUUUCCACAGAAUCUGAAUAGUGGGCGCUUGGGAGCCUGGAAAGAAACGUCUCACCUUUAACGACACAUAUAUUUAGCUCUGAAAGUAGACUGUAGAGGAGCAGCCUGGGAGAACUGUUUAUAUACACCCACUCCUUGGCUUAGUUUAACAGCAGAACUACAGGGAGAACCUAAGACAGUCAAGCUAUGAAUGUGUAAGUGAAAAGGUUGGGGUCAUACUGAGCUGAUUCCCCAUGGAGAUUUGGCUGGUGAUGCUACUGCUGUUUCAGACAGUUUGGAAUGGUGUUCUUGGGAAGACCCAUUCUUUACAGAAAAGAGGACUACUUGAAGUAGCUGGAGCUAUAAAAUGUGGCACAGGACGAUCUCCAUUGGCAUAUCUAGGUUAUGGAUGCUACUGUGGCCUGGGAGGAAAAGGCUGGCCUAGGGACAAAACAGACUGGUGCUGCCACGUGCAUGAUUGUUGCUAUGGUUUAGCAGAGGAUCAAGGCUGUAAUCCUAAGACAUGGAGAUAUAAAUGGACCUGUAAGCACAAUACUGUGGUAUGUGAUUCAACAUUAGACAGAUGUCAAAAAAUAAUGUGCCAGUGUGACCGAGAAGCAACCAAAUGUUGGAGAUCUGCCACUUUUAACCAACGCUAUAUCUUCUGGCCAAAUUUUCUGUGUGGCCAAACCUAUCCCACAUGCAGUUUUAAAAUUAAUAGGAAAUCUCGAGAACAAUCGUUCUGUGAAAAUAGAGGUCUUUAUCAGAGAAGUCACAUCCAGCUACAAUUCCCAAGAUUAUUUGGGUGAAAUUCUGCAGUAUAAAACUGAAAUCCAUUUGUAGUGAAGAAGAUAUGCCCUGAGAUUUGCUAAUGCAUCAGCCAACAUUUUUGUGAACAAUGUAAUACACCAAGCUUUCUCAGUCAAGGACCAGCUCUAGGCCUCAGCUCCAUUUUCUACUUGAACCUCAGAAAGAAAGUACAAAAUGACAGAACAUUACCUAGUCCUCUCAUGAUCCUGAGCUUCGUGCCAUCACCCGUCACCGUUUUUCCACUAGAAAUAAUCACCUGGCAAAAAUAAAUGCCAUGAUCAUUGGCUGUCACAUUUAGGAUUGUCAGAGAUGCGUCGCCUUCAGAAAUGUUCCCUACUAUGAAAGCUCUGGUGAAAUUUGCCAGGACAGUGACAUUGUUCUCCAUGAAGUCCCUCUGCCCUUUUUCAUUCACUGUGUACCACUUCACAGUUAACUUAUUCAAAGGUAGGCCAUGGGAAAUGUGGAAAUGGCAUCCAAAGGCCACAGUUUCACCUUCUUUAGUGUACUUUAUGCUUGGAGUCUGGGACACAAAUAGAUGCAAUGGGACAAGAGUUGUUCUCCCUGUGUGAAGUCUUAUAGUGGGGGUAGUAGCAGUGGUGGUCAAAUUGCUUGAGACGGCCACAUUCUCCUUUGCUGCAUUUCCAACACCAGCAUAAACAACUACAGAGGAAGAGAGAAAGAUGAGUGUGAGACUGGAAAGAAGGUAACAACUCUCUAGAGCAGGCCUGCACAACAUGCGGCCCGGGGGGCGGAUGCGGCCCGCGAGGCCUUUCUUCCUGGCCCCCGGGGCUAUUUCCCCUUCCUCCCCCUGCUGCUUAAACCCCCCCCCCCCAAUUCCAGCCGCUGUGGGGCUGAGGAGAUGGGUGCGGGUGUUCUUCUUACCCUCCCCCACGGCAGCGGCAGCGCAUAGCAGCAGAAACCAGAGCGACACUCGGGCCUGCCAUUUUGCCCAGCGUUGCUUCCCAACUGCAAGGUGCGCCUGCACAGUUAAGUCUCUCUCUCUCUCUCUCUCUCUCUCUCUCACACACACACACUGCUCCAUUCUCUCUCUCUCUCUCUCUCUCUCUCACACACACACACACACACACACACUGCUCCAUUCUCUCUCUCUCUCUCUCUCUCACACACACACACACACACUGCUCCAUUCUCUCUCUCUGUCUCUCUCUCUCUGUCUCUCUCUCUCUCUCUCUCACACACACACACACACACACACUGCUCCAUUCUCUCUCUCUCUCUCUCUCUCUCUCUCUCUCUCUCUCUCUCACACACACACACACACACACACACACACUGCUCCAUUCUCUCUCUCUCUCUCUCUCACACACACACACACACACACUGCUCCAUUCUCUCUCUCUCUCUGUCUCUCUCUCUCUCUCACACACACACACACACACUGCUCCAUUCUCUCUCUCUCUCUCUCUCUCUCACACACACACACACUGCUCCAUUCUCUCUCUCUGUCUCUCUCUCUCUGUCUCUCUCUCUCUCUCUCUCUCACACACACACACACACACACACACUGCUCCAUUCUCUCUCUCUCUCUCUCUCUCUCUCUCUCUCUCUCACACACACACACACACACACACUGCUCCAUUCUCUCUCUCUCUCUCUCUCUCACACACACACACACACACUGCUCCAUUCUCUCUCUCUCUCUGUCUCUCUCUCUCUCUCACACACACACACACACACUGCUCCAUUCUCUCUCUCUCUCUCUCUCUCACACACACACACACACACACACACACACACACAGUGCUCCAUUCUCUCUCUCUCUCUCUCUCUCUCUCUCUCAAGCCAAGCCUCCUGCUGCAUCCUUUCCAUCUUUCUUUCCCCUUCUCCCUUCUUUUCCAAAAUUAUGAGAAGAAGUUCUCUUCCAUGUUUUGUAUGAUGAUUUGGCAGAGGUGGAAAGGAAGAACAAUGCAUUUUAUUAUGUAUUUUGUACAGAUUGUAUAAUAUUUAUAUUAUUAGAAUGAAUUUUAAUUCAACUUAUUUCAUAUUAAUUUAAAUCAAUCUUGUCUGCCAGAACAUCAAAAGUUAAAUAUUGAUUAAAUUCAUUUUUAAUUCA